CUCUUGUCCAUUUGCCAUUAUCGUCACCAACGAGCAUCCUUCCAGCAUCCAUCUCUCGCACCAUGGCCAGCAGAGCCAUCAUCAGCCCCGCUCCCGAGCGUCCGUCCUGGUACAUCUCGCCCAGCGACAUCACCGACCGCUCGGCCAACCCCAUCGGCCGCGGUGGCUUUGGCGAGGUCUUCACUGGCACAUACUUUGGCUCCAAGGUCGCCAUCAAGCAGCUCCUUGGAAACCACAACAACCGGGAGCUCGCUGACUACAACCAUGAGAUCGAUAUCUGGAAGCAGCUCAGCCACCCCAACAUCCUCCCUCUGCUCGGUGCCUGCGACAAAGACGAUGACGGCAACCCGAUUCCUCCCUUCAUGGUCUCGCCCUUCAUGCCCAACGGCACCCUUCGCAACCAUGUUGCCAAUAACAACGUCCCACUCAAGGAGAAGCUCCGUCUCCUCUUCCAAGCUGCAUCGGCUCUGGCAUAUCUCCAUUCCCGUCGCAUCAUCCACGGCGAUCUCAAGGCCCUGAACAUCCUCCUGGACGGCCUGAACAACGCCGUCGUCACCGACUUUGGCCUCUCCCGCACCAAGCACACCUCUGCCUCGCUGGACCGCAACCGAUCCAUGGGCCCGACCGGCGGUACCGAUGGAUAUAUUGCACCCGAGAUGCUGGACGACGAUGAUCCCAGUGGCACCACCAUGAAGACCGACGUCUAUGCCUUCGCCAUCACAAUGUAUGAAGUCCUCAUCGAUGCCAAACCCGUCUGGGUCACCAGCAACGGACAAGCCAUGCUAGGCCGAGCUAUCGAACGCAUUUCAUGCAACGGCAAGCGCCCCAAGCGUCUCGAUGGCAUCCCCGACGAUAUCUGGGCCCUCAUCGAACGCUGCUGGGCCCAAGAUCCCGCCGCCCGCCCUGCCUUCACCGAGAUCCUUGCCGUCCUCCAGCCAUACGAUCUUGCCGAUACUCCUGUCCUCCCUGCUCCCACCCGCGUCAGGAUCCCAUCUGUCCGCCCACUUGCCAGCCAUUUCGCCACUCUCAGCGUGAACAACCAGCCCCCGUCCCAGUCCAGUCGGCCCGCCGAGUUCGUGUUCGAUGGCAUCAAGAGCACCCGUCGCCGACUACCUGGCGUCCUAUUGUCCCGCGUCAAGCAAGGUGACCCCGCUGCCUGUCUCAAUGCUGCCAAGUUGGUCUCGGAGGGUCUCCCUGCUCGCCACAAAGAUUGGAAGCUCGCCGCCCAGCUCUACAAGGCCGCUGCCGACCGCGGGAGCCUCGAAGCAUCCUUCCAGAUGGGCUGGCUCGGUUUCCUUGGCGUGGGAAUUCCCCAAAGCGACCGCAGCGCAUUGUGGUUCUGGCAGGAAGUCAGCACCAAGUCGGAUGACCAGGUCCUGAAACCCAUCGCGACCCACAUGGUCGGUUGGAUGCAUUAUCUUGGCCGGGGAACCCAACAGGACAAGCGGAAGGGUGUCAAGAUCAUCCGAGACAACAAAUCGGAUGAGUUCACACUUGGGGAAGCCGAAUGUCUGGCAUGGUCAGUUUGCGACAGAAAAUCGAAUUCAUCAGCGGCCCGCAAAUUCUUUGAGCUAUGCCAACUGGGAUCAGAGCGCGACUGGUUGUGCAAGUAUCUCUUGGCCAUGUGUUUGUUCCUUGGAUUUGGAACCACGAAAAAUCAGACCAAGGCAAUGGGCGACUUCGAACAACUUGCCAAUGAUGGUCGCAGUGACUGUCAGCUCGCAAUGGGAAGGUGUUUCUACGCUGGUUGGGUGGGAUCGGAGGAUCACAAGAAGGCAUAUGAGUGGUGUAGCAAGUCGGCCGAUCAAGGCAACUCGUACGGUCAGUGGAUGGCUGGUGUGUGUAUUCUCUGUGGAUAUGGAGUUGCCAAAGAUCUCACCAAGGGAAAUGCGUGGCUCCGCAAGUCGGCCGAGCAAGGCAAUCAAUAUGGUGAGUUUUGGUUCGGCAACUGCUUCCAUUUUGGCCGUGGUGUCCCCAAGAGUAUCGAAACUGCGAUUUUUUGGUACCGCAAGUCCGCCGACCAAGGCCACUGGGAUGCCAUCACCAUACUCAAGUCCCUCGGCAAGUGGCCCUGAUCUCCGAGCUCCUCCCGAUCCACUCCCGAACAACCAUAUGGUAGCCAAGCAAAACGGCCCCCACACCGAUCCCAGGCACACCGACAUCAUCUGCCUCUACGUUUGAACUUGGUCUCCUCUAGCAGGCCAAUCUGAGGACCAAAUCCCACCACUCAAACUGCCACAAA